UUCGUUUCUAGGUACUUAAAUAAGAUUUAAAUUUUGUGUUUCAAGAAGUGAAAUACUCUUAAUUCCAUUUAAUUACCAUAAAGGCAUCAUACAAUCAAUUUAUUUAAAAGAUGCCGAAUAUUAAACUUCAAUCUUCGGAUAAUGAAGUAUUUGCAGUGGAUAUCGAAAUUGCAAAAUGCUCAGUAACUAUUAAAACGAUGUUGGAAGACCUUGGCGUGGAUGAUGAAGAAGAAGAAGUAGUUCCACUGCCUAAUGUUAAUUCAGCUAUCCUCAAGAAAGUGAUUCAAUGGGCGACAUAUCACAAAGAUGACCCCCCAUUACCAGAAGACGAUGAAAACAAAGAAAAAAGAACAGAUGAUAUUUCGUCUUGGGAUGCCGAUUUCUUAAAAGUAGAUCAGGGUACUUUGUUCGAGCUUAUCUUAGCAGCGAAUUAUUUAGACAUCAAAGGAUUACUGGACGUAACUUGCAAGACAGUAGCUAAUAUGAUUAAAGGAAAGACACCAGAUGAAAUCCGUAAAACAUUUAAUAUCAAAAAUGAUUUUACUGCAGCUGAAGAAGACCAAGUUCGCAAAGAGAAUGAAUGGUGUGAAGAAAAGUGAAAUUCCCUUAUGAAUGAAAUAGAAUAACCAUGGUUUAUUAUUGCUAAUUCUGAUCUUAUUAUAUUUAAUUAAUUCA